AUGAGUUGUACAGCUACCUUAUCAAGUGAAAUCGAUAUUUAUUCAGGUAGACCAAUGACAAUCCAUACCCAACCAUUAACUCCAAUUAUACUACAUCAACAACAACAACGACAACAACAACAGAUCAGCCGUCAUAAACAACGACCAAGUAGAGUAGAUAGUGUAUCAUCUUCAGCUUCAUCUUCUUCAGAUGAUUUGUCACUACACCAUCAACGUCCACUGACUCCGCCAACUCCUAUUUCCAUAUAUCCGGAUGAUAAUAAACAACUAUAUUUUAGUUCAAAACAAGAUGAAUAUUUAAGAAUCAUUGAACCUAAUCCAGUAUACCCACCCGAAUAUCAAUCAUUAGCUCCAGGAGGAUGUCCAAGAUUUCCUGUUUCAUCUUCAUUAGGUCCAAAUAUUGCAACUACAAAUUUUGAUGAUUUUUUCGCACCUAUUUCUUUUUCUUCAAAAUCUUGUUCCCCACCUGCAUAUAGCCCAUCGGUAUAUAAGAUUGGAGUUAUUGCUCGGAAAUUGGAAUAUAUAAAUCCGUAUGAAGUUUCAGCUAAUAGACUGUGGAAAUAUCAAAUUGCUGAAAUUAAUUCAACUCAAGUGAAUUUUUAUGCUAUACCAACUAUAUUUGAAAAUCAAUUAGUUCAAUUUAAAGCUUCAAUAUUACAACAAAUGCCGACUAAAGAAACUAAGAGAUUAAAUUCAUCAUUUACUGAUCAACAUGAUUUACAAUUGUAUACUUUGAUUAAACUGUUGGGAAUAUUUAAAAAUAGAUUAAUUAGAUCAUAUUCUUUACAACAUGCUAAAGUUGGAUUAGCUUCUGAUUAUAAAAAAAGAGAAAAUGUUUUAAGAGUACGGUUAGAGAAUGAACAAAUGUUGUUGGCUUUUGAAACUACUCAAGCUUUAAUUGAUUGGAAUUUAGCUCUUAAUGUUGGCAAGGAUAUUUCUUUAGAUGUCGAUGAACGUGAACUUCCAAAAUAUAGAACCAUUCCAAGAAGGAGAAGAAGAAGAAAUCAAGAAUCUUCUUCUUCUUCUAGUGCUAGUUCAAUUGUGACUCGUUUACGUUCAUCUUCAGAUCCAUUUCGAGGGAAAUUUUCAAAAUUGAAAUCUAAAUUAUCAAGAGCAUCAAAAAAGGAUACUCCAAUUGUUCCACCAUACAUUAAUCAAAUUACUAGAUCUCAUUCAAAUCCAAAUUUACCACUUCCAUCACAGAUUAUAGAGGAAGAAGGGGAAUAUGAAGAGGAUGGCGAAUUUGAUACCAUUGACGAACAACAAGAUGACGGCCAAGAAGAUAUUCAAGAUAUGUCUGAAUUACAUCAAUCGGACGACGAAGAGGAAGAAGAUGUUGACGAUGGGGAAACUUCUGAUGAUUAUGACCAUUCAGCAGUAUCACCACAUUAUCCUUUGAGUUUCAGUUCUGAUUCCGAUUAUAAAUGGAGUCCAGCACCUGAUAAAACUCCAUCCAAAAAGAGAUAUUAUAAACAAUGUCUUCGUUGUAUUCGUGCUUUAAAUAUGGAUGAUUCCUGGCUUGAGAAAUCGUUGGUUAUGGCAACUUCAACUCAACAAUUAGUUAGCGCAGGAACAUCUGAACUGACAAAGAUGAGGCGAAGAGUUUCAAUAGAAUUGGAAAGAAUUCCAAAUCAUUAUUUAAGAGUUUAUAAUGUGGGUACUAAUGGAUUAGUACCUAUUUAA